AUGAGGAUAGAAGGAGAAAAAGGUGUGAAAACACAAUCCGCGCCAAAACAUUGGCCGCGGACGCGCAAAAGAGAUUUUGGCCGAGCAAAUUCCAUCUGGCCGACCGUCACGGUCGAGCCGGGAAGGAAUAAGCCGUGCUCGGCCGGAUAUUUCUACUUGCGCGACAGAAAACGUUCGAGCGCCACGCGCGAACCGGGAAAGAAACGAUCGCGAUCGGCCGAAAUUUUUGUAUCGGAACGGACCGACCGUGCCGGUCGAUCCGGGAAACACGCUCGGCCUCGGCCGAAUCUCUCGGCCAAAACCGAAUUUGGCCGACCAAAUCGCUCGACCGCGACAAAAUCCAUCGGCCAUCGGCCCAAAACUUUUCUAGGCCAAGAACCUCUCUUUCUUCUCCAAAACCAUUCGGCCGCGCGCAAGUCACGACCCGGGAAACUAUUGCCCGCGGUCGGCCACGCCACGCCACGACCGCGCACGACCAAACCGCGCGAGCCGGGAGUAACGCCUCGCGGCCGCGCAACUCAUCCGCGUACCACGCACGAACGCGCCGUCCGACCCGGGAAACUACGUCCCGCGUCCGGCCGAGAUUUCAUCGGCCAAGUUUCACCCGUCCGACCACAGCGGCCGACCACGCAUCCGUCCGACCCCGACCGUUCCGACUCGGCCACAAUCCGAUUCUCCGGCCGAUCGUCCCGCACGACCGUCCCAACGCCGCGGUCGACCCGAAGCCCUUUUUGA